AUGGCGUCGGCAUCAAAAGCAGCAGCAAAGAAGCUCGUCGUCUGCGGCGGCAGCGGCUUCCUCGGCUCCCGAAUCUGCAAAUAUGCCGUCGCGCGCGGUUGGGACGUGACGUCCAUUAGCCGCUCGGGAGAGCCCAAGUGGGAAAAUGUCACCGCCUCCGCCGAAACGCCCUCGUGGUCUCACAAGGUCUCGUGGGAGCGCGCCGACAUCCUCCGCCCCGUCACCUAUGCGCCGCUGCUCAAGGGCGCCGACUACGUUGUCCACAGCAUGGGUAUCCUCCUCGAGGCCGACUACAAGGGCAUCGUCUCCGGCAAGGACUCGCCCAUCGCCGGCCUGCAGAAGAUCUUCGCCUCACCCGCUGCACGGCCGCGCGGCGUCAACCCCCUCGAUAAGAAGCUUGGCGAGGACAUUAAGCCCGAGGACCCCAACCUGCAGUUCUCCUACGAAGUCAUGAACCGUGAUAGCGCCGUCGCCCUCGCCAGGCACGCCUCUGACGAGGGCACCGGUGCCUUCUGCUACAUCUCGGCCUGCGGCGGCGCGCCCAUCAUGCCCCCGCGGUACAUUUCCACAAAGCGCGAGGCCGAGAGCGCAAUUGCCACCAACUUCCCGCGGAUGCGCAACGUCUUCUUCCGGCCUCCGUUCAUGUACGACGGCUCGCGCAAGUUCACUGUUGGCAUGGCCGCCAUGGCUGGCGCAGGCACCAUCUUCAACAACUUGACGGGCAAGUACCUCAACAACUUUAUGGGCGCAGCCGGCACGAAGCCACUCAAGGUCGAGGUAGUAGCCGAGGCCGUCGUGGAGGCGCUCAGCGACGAGAAGGUGCAGGGUCCCGUGGAGGUGGAGGAAAUUGAGGAGCUCGCCAACAAGGCGUGGAGGAAAAGCAUGCUAUGA